GCUCCAGCAUCACCCUAGGCUUUGAAAACCUGAACAAGUGCAAUAUUCAGCUUUGUACUGUACGAUUUAGGAUCCAUUAACUCAACUCCAAAGAUGCUGUGCAGGGAUAUUCUCCUCCUCUGCUCCCUGGCAGUUCUUCUGGUAAAAGGCGACCUCGAUUCAGAUGGGAGUAACCACGCCAUGUCCACAGGCCAGGACUCCACAUCUGAUGAAGUGCCUACAGAGAGCAUGAACUCCAUUGCCUCGGAUCAACCCAGUGAUGCCAGCAGCACGAGUGCUGAAUCGGAUCAUGCUGAUGGCAGUCAGCCUGGCAGUGAUGUGAAUGCAAGUGCAGAUGUCACUAAAAACAGUAUUGAGGACCAGGAUGAUGAGACCCCGGACUCAGAUGAAGCUGUGAAACACAAAUGAAUCAGAUCUCUUCAGUUUCCACGUAAUAUACUUUAAGGCUUGAUCCAGAAGUUUUCCUCAAAC